GCCAUUCCAUUGCCACUUACUACAGUGCCAAGUCCUGAACUGGUAAGAUAUGCAGAUAUAUUUUAAAGUUUUGACAAUUUUAAGCACCAAUGCAGUUUUGAGAAAGCACUUUAUGUACUGCCUAGCCAUUUAAUCAUCUUGUGUAUCUUAAAACACGGAUCUUUAAUUAAUUAUAGCAUUCUUCUGUGUACGCAUCUCAUUUUACAGAUGGAUAAAUAAUCUCCCAUCAUAUUGGAAGUGACCUUGACAUCUUUUAUCAUGCCCACCAAAUCUAAGAAAUCAAGGUCCCAAAGUUCCAGACCCACCAUGAAGACUGGGAGUCCAAAAACACCCAAAAAGAGGUCCUCCAGUGCCAAAUCCAGCAGGACAGAGGUGGACAUCCUCAGCCCAGCAGCCAUGGAGAAUGUCUACUACAUUUCUCACAAUGCAGUGGACUGUCUGGAGUUCAGAGGUUUUGGGUGGCCAAAUUCAAAUAAAAAGAAGAAAAAGAAGGGGAAAAAAUCAAAGAAAAAGAAGUAAAUUAUAGUUUUUGCCAAACUUUAGUUAAUUUCCCCCCUUUUUUGGCUAAAAUGAUAGGUAUAUUUAAUUAGCACCACCUGGUGGACUCAUUUGUAGUUACAGCAAGUAUACAGAGUUAUGACUGUUGGAACCAGUGCAAUGCAGCCAUAUAGAUGUUUUUCUUCCACAAAUCCAUACUGGAAAGCAAAAUUGUGCUAGUGAAACUUAACUUCAUUCAUGAGGCAUUGACUUUAAAAUUCAUAUACAGCAACUUUAUUGUAAGCUGAAUGAUCCAGAGUUGUGUUUACACUUGUGUCAAACGUUGGCAGUUAUUGAUACAUUGGGAGCUUGUCAAAGGAAAUCUUUA